AUGACUACUACCACUACCCAAGAUGAAAAGGAAGGUCGGACUCCGAUAGAGACUGCUGAAGAGUUGAAAGAAAUCCUAGCAAAACUUGAAUUGGAAUACGAGAAAAUCAAGGAGCGAGUUGGCAAAAACGCCGCCAAUGUAAGAGAAUUGCAACACAAACUUCCAAAGGAAGAAAAAGAGGAGGUCGCCAGUGAUGAAGGAGAGAGCUGGAGAGUCAUUGGAAGCGGUGAAUUCACGGACGAGCCCAAAACGGAAGAAAAUAUCUUUGAACUUCCUAAAGAUGUGUAUUCCUUCAUGGCGACAUACUCUUGGAAAUCCAAUCCCUUUUGGUUGGCCUUGAUUGUCGUGUUUGGUCUUCAGUUUGUCUUGCUGUUUUUGUUGCUGGCCAACCAAACAGACUUCCAAUCGGACAAUCCUCUUCAAUUGCCAGAAAAUGUUGAGAUAUCCGUCCGCGUCAGUCAAGUCUUGCUGAUGGUCAUUGCCAUGUUUCAACAAGACGACCUGUUGGUUGGAAUCGAAACAUUGGUCGAAGGACCACCUUUAGUCUUUCUUGGAAAAGAGAAAUUCAAACACUUGUCCAGAAUCCAAUGGAACAUAUCAUGCCUGAUUCGAAUGGCGACGGGUAUUCUUGGAUUGCUCGCUGCGUUUAUCUUGUCGAUUCAAUCCAGCACUGUCUUUGAUGUGGUUCUAAAUGUCUUGGGAGUGGAAUUCGUUUCCAACCUGGAUAAUGUAGCAUUUGAUCUUGCAUGCAAAGGAUACUUUGGUCGCUACGCCAAGAUAGCAACCCAAGAUGUCAGUGAGGCUACCUUUCAUAGAGAGAAGCACCAAGCUUGGAUCAAGCGAGUUUUGCACAUUAUCAUUGCUCUGUCGGUUUUGUCCUUGAUAUUGGCCGGAUUGGUGUUUAUCUUUUAUCGACAGGAUUCGAAUUUCUUGUCGAUUCGGGAAAUUCAAGUGCAGUUUGACGAUGACAUUGUGCCCUUUCUUGGGCUCUUCAGUGGUUGUUACACGGCCGUGGAGAAUAGCAGGCUCCGGUAUUUUGGAGAUCGUCGUCUUUUCUAUGUACAAGACGGCUUCCCACAGGGAGGUAAAUUUGGAUUCUGUUCCAGUUUUGACAAUGGAGAAAGUGGUUGGACAUUCUUUGUAGGUGACUUUCGCAAUCCUUGCGGGUCUUAUCUUAUGCGAUCGGAGGAUACCCAAACGUUUAGUAUUCUGGAGGCAGCGGAGACAUUGGAAUGGUUCACAGCAGGAGAGGAAGAAGAACCUGUUGGCCAUAUUGAAAUUUCUGAAAUGACAAAUCGAGCAGAUGAUUGUGGGCAUACGUAUUUCGAAGCCUCCUUCGAAGCUUGUCCCGUGAUCCAGGCUCUUGGCUCCAUCUCCUUACACAAGUUGAUAGGUACCAAUGUUUCGGAUAAUGACUCCGUUACUCAAAUCGAAGAAAUAAGGGAGCGGGGCGUUUUGGAUCCUGCUGUAGCCCACGCAAUCUACUACGGUGAAUCCGAUUCGGCACCUGUUGGUGUCUAUGACUUGAUCUUCUUUGCCGGUCGGCGAUGGAUCUGGACCACAACGGACAACAUUCCUGGGUUGCAGAAUGCCACAAGCCCAUCCAAAAUCACAGACUACUUUUACAGUCCUACAGAAGGGAGUAGCUCCCUUGGACUAUUCCGCCUUGUGGAGAGCCUAUUGGCAACUGGGGGGAACCAGUGGGUUCGCUUCAUGAGCGAACCUGUCGAUGCCGAUACCGAAUCGCCUCUAGGACUGGAGUGGUUUUACCCUCUUUACAACGACGAGACAUUGGGUGCUAACGCUAACGACGACUCGGCUUACUCCAGCAUUAUUCCAAAAAUGGCUUUUCCUCCUCCGGACACGAGUCGACUCUUGGACUCCGAAUCGAGUCCUAGUUGCCAAUUUUGCGAUUUAUUGAAGAACCCGUGCUUCUUUGAUGGCGAGUGCAAUGAGCAGACGGGUGUAUGUAAUUGUCGACAUGGUGCAACUGGUGCCUUAUGCCGGGAUAGGCCUUUGGCAAAUGGAAUUUGCAAUCUAUUUUUCAACUCUGCGGAACACGACUACGAUGGCGGUGAUUGCUGCGCCUCCACUUGUACAGGGGCAUUCUGUGGGCAAGAUGAUGUUCUCGAUCCUUAUGUAAGGGGCGUGCCUUCCUUCAAUUGGUUGGAUGCUUCCGAUAGUGGUGACAUGUUUGAAAUCACGAGCAAAGAUGACGAAUGGAUUGAGCAAGUUGAGGGUACAACAAUUGCAUUUGGGGUUAAUGUGACUGCUAAUCUGACGUAUCAGUUCCCACCACUCCGCUAUGAGCAUUGCAUUGAUCCUGAUCUGGCGGUGAUACGAAUCGAGGUCUUACCUUCACCGCUCUUGGAAGAAUCAAAUAACGAUCUCGUUUUCGAUGGGAUCACCCUCCAGUGUGAAGACACAACUUACCUUAAGACUCCAAUCUUUCGGGUCAGCAAUUAUAACGUCACUAUGUUCUCGGAAGUGGUCCGUAUUCCAUAUGGUUCACACUGUGCAUUUGGAUUCCAAGGUCCGGGCUACUUCCGUGGUGUUUCGUUGCUGGCAGAAGGUAACGCAAAGCCAUUCAUCAAUCUUCAGCAAUCUUGUUCCGUUGAUGUGUACAUUCCGCAGUCGAAGUGCGUGUGGGAGACAUUUGCUGAAGAUUCUAUUUCAGUAUCUAGCGUGGGCGACCCGAAUUGCGAAUCAUCGACAAACGAAGUGAACGAGAUUCGACAAAUUUCGGAAGUUGAGCUGGACGCUCUUGGAAGUGAUCCUAUAUUGGAUGGGUUUUGUCAACAGGAUCCGUUUCAGCUGUUGGAACGAUUCCACGUAUGGGACAUUUUAAGCAGAGGAUCCGGAGAGCUAGUGAGAGCGUCUGUGGGGCACGUUUGUGAUGGCGGAUGGAAUACGGGUGUGUUUUCGGUAUCUUGCAAUCGAGACAGACGGAUAUCUGGUCUGGCUCUUAAAGCUGGUGCAAAUGCUUCUUUUGUCGAUAGCAUGACGCUAAAUGUGAAGCACUUUGCGAAUCUCAAACGCGUCGAAGUGCAGAGUGGUACCGGUCCAGUUGAUCGCUUGCUGGAAGAAAUGGCUACGUUGAACUUGACUUCUAUUACACUUGGGUCAGAUGUACUACCAAGCCAAAUUGGACUGCUUCAAAGUCUAAAAGACCUCCGUCUGACAAGCGGUAUGCUAACAUCAUUGCCUACAGAAAUUGGUGUGCUCUCCAAUCUCGAAGUGUUAGAAUCACACGAGACUUCGCUUCGAUCUCUACCUUCUGAGAUCGGGAGUCUUACAUCACUGCUAACUUUGGAUAUCGGUGGAAACGAAUUGAUCUCCGUUGCUACUGAAAUUGGACUCCUUGAGAGACUGGAGAUGCUGAGUUUGGAACGGAAUGCCCUAUCUUCGCUGCCUUCUCAGAUCGGGCUCUUGUCUGGACUGCAACAACUACUCAUCCAGUCAAACAGAAUAAGUACUCUACCAAGCGAAAUUGGCAUGAUGACUUCGUUGAGGUCUAUGGAUCUUGCAAACAAUACCCUCGUUUCAUUGCCAAGCGAAAUUGGUAGGCUUUCCAUGUUAACCUCACUGGACGUGACGAACAACAAAAACCUCAGCCAAAUACCUGCCGAGGUUCUCGCUAUGACGUCUUUGGAGGUAUAUGUCUAA